AUGGAAGACGUCACACUUCACCAUUUCAGAUGGCGUAAACCAGUGGAGAAUAAAAAUGGAGAAAUAGUAUACAAAACGUCGGAGACGCAGACAGCGGAAAUUAGUAGAAAAGAUGUAGAAUGUGUGGCGAAUUUUCAAAAGAGUCAAGAAUCCCAAACGGACGAUUUUAUGCAAAAUGGAGUUGGAGAUGGGAUCAAAAAGGAGAUAAGGAUCAGUAAAGAGGUCCUUGGCCACAUUUAUGAUUUUCUUCGAGACGAUUCGAAAGUGAAUUAUGAUCGACUUUUGGAAUUCCAUAAAUUUGAUAAAGUCUCGCUGGAAACGGUACAAAAGUAUCAUGUGGAGACCCGAAACGAGAAUAUAAUUCUGAUGAUUUCAAAUUCCUCCCGAAAAACUUUAAUCCUUUUUGGCGGCUUGUCCCAUGAGACAUUUUGCUCCCAUCAGGCUCGAGCAGUCCUUUGCUCAUCUUCUACAACUUCCUCUCUUCCCCUCCCAGUCUGUGCCAUUUCCGCCGUUUUCUAUUCGUCCACUCAGUUUUUAUUGGGCGAUAUUUCUGGAAAUAUUUCAAUGUGGACCAAGGAGAAAAUGAUUUUUGAGAAUAAGGUUACUGAUGGAUCAGUGACGUCGCUGGAAUUGUGUCGGUAUGGAUUACUGUCAGGAUCUGAUGAUGGAAAUGUGAUUUUAUGGAAAGUCGAAGAAUCGAAAAUUGAAAAAAUCGAGGGAAUCAAAUUGACGGUGUCGGAUUUGUCUAGAAAAAUCAGAAGGUCCAGUACGUCGAACAAGCCAGUUGCCAUUGUUAGUAUGCAAGUAUCCGGUGACGAAGUGUGCGUGGCAACUGAAACCGGCGGUCUCUACCUUCUAACCCUCCCGACUCUGGAAUCAAAACCUUUAACUCAAUCUGCCACUUCAAUUUUCAAAAUCCUCUACGAACACCCCUACAUUGCAGUAGUAUAUCAUACGAGUAAUUCUGCAAUUUUCAAUUCAGAAGGACUAGUUGAUGAGAUCCCAUUCGUAGCAACACUAGCGGUUAGAUGCGGCGCCUACUUCAUCUUCUCCAACCAAUCCCGCCUCAUCAUUUGGUCAAUGAAUACGCGCUCUACUGUAAUCGAUGAAAAUCUCAAUUGCCACUCUAUAUGCUCACUUUCAAAUGACACUUUGCAAGUGCUGGAUGGAGAUUUUAAUUUGGUUUCUAAUUUUUUGAAUGAUCAUUAA